AUGUCCAAGGCCACCCCGAAAUACCUCCUCCUCUCCCUCCCGACCUCCGUCGUCCCAUCACACCACGCCGACGACGCCCUUGAAGCAAUUUCCACCACCGUGUCCCCGGAAAAUGGCAGCGUAGCCCCGUUUUCAAUCCCCGAAUUCAAAAUCGGUACCCUAGACGCCCUGGUCCAGCAGGCGGAUGAACUGGCUAAGCUUGAGAGCCAGUGCCAGGGUGUUGUGGCUAAGGUUGCGGAUGCGUUGAGGAAUAUUCUUGAUGGUGAUGAAGCACAGAUUGAGAGGAUGAUGGUUGUUAAUGACAAACCGGUUGACCAGUAUCUUCGAACAUUCCAGUGGAAUAAGGUUAAGUAUCGCGCGGAUAAGUCGCUUGCGGAGUUGAUUGAUCUUUUACACAAGGAGGGCGCCAGUAUCGACAAUGACAUCCGUUUCAAAUACUCGCAAUAUAACCAGGUCAAGAACACGCUGGCAACCCUGCAGCGCAAACAAACGAGAUGUCUACCAAUGCCAAAAUCGCAAUCGCAAUCCAAUCCCAAACCCCCGCUAAUCCAGCCAACCCGCAGAGGAAACCUCUCCACAAAAUCCCUCGCCUCAAUUGUCGACCCCCGUACCGUCGUCCAAGACUCAGAGUACAUCGAAACGCACCUGAUCGCGGUUCCAAACUCCCAAGAGAAAGAGUUUCUCAAGAACUAUGAGACCGUCGCACCAAUGGUCGUCCCGCGCUCUGCGUCACUAGUCGCCUCGGACAACGAAUUCACCCUGUACGCUGUGACGACGUUCAAGAAGCACAGCGUCGAAUUCGUGCACAAGGCCCGUGAGAAUAAGUGGAUUCCGCGUGACUUCAAGUAUGUGGAAGGCGGCAAGGAAGAGGAGCGGAAAGAGGUUGAGCGUGUUGGUGGUGAUGAACGCAAGGUUUGGGGCGAGACGCUUCGUCUUGGUAGGACGGCUUGGAGUGAGGCUGUUAUGGUUUGGAUUCAUGUGCUUGUUCUCCGGGUGUUUGUCGAGACAGUCCUGAGAUAUGGAUUGCCUUUGGACUUUGUUUCUGCGUUGGUUAGGACCCCCUCUUCCAAGCAAGCGGAUAAAGCAAAGAAGAACCUCGACGACAAGUACUCCUACCUCGCCGGCAAUGCCUUCGGCCGCGACAAGAAGGGUCGCGUGCAGCGGGAUGACCCGCAAGACAUGCACGGAGCAGGCGAGGGCAGUGCGGAGUACACGCCGUAUGUGUUCUACGAAUUUGAAUUCAAUUGA